AUGGGCAGUCAGUGGGUUAUCUCCUUAAUGGUCGGCUUCUUAGCUUUAUCUAAAGCGACCAUUAUUUCUCAGAAAUAUACUGCAAAACUUAUCUUGAAUGAUAAAAUAUCAAGCUACGAGCUUUUAGAAGAACAAAAUUCUCAUUCUUUGACCGAGUGUGCCGCGAUAUGUCAAAGGGAGUGCGUGUUCUUUGGUUUUAACCCUGAAACGAAGAAAUGUCGUACCCACAAGAAAAUAUUCACGUCUUGGAUGUCUGAUGAAGCCGGUUGGAGAUACUACUCGGAUAACAAUUGUGUUUUCUCUGCCAUGCCCAAAGAUUGUACUGAACUGUGUGAAGAAGGACAAACUACUACAGGGGUGUAUGAUAUAUACCCCUACAGUACACUAACCAUUCCAAUAAGUGUCUACUGCGAUAUGACGGCAAUGGGUGGGGGAUGGACAGCCAUUCAGAAACGCGUAGACGGAUCCGUGAGCUUUGACAGGAACUGGACGGAAUAUAAAAAUGGUUUUGGUUCACCGGAACAAAAUUUCUGGGUUGGAAAUGACAUAAUUCAUCAAUUAACAAAAGAAAAAUCGUCCCUAUAUGUGUCCAUCACUCUCCAGAAUGGUACAACGCUUUAUGAAAUGUACGACGGAUUCUCUGUCUCCAACGAAGCUGGAAAAUAUCAGCUCUUUCUUGCAGGACCUGCCACGGGAACCUUAGGUACAGUUCACGAAUUCCGCUAUUAUUUAAUUUGA